AGCUGGUUCGGGAUCGCGCGGCAAAAAAACUGCGCCAGUACAUUAGCGUGAAAACUCAGAGAGUGACAGAAAAGAACUAUUGACAGGAAAGAUAAAAGACUUCCCAGAAAAAGAAAAACAAGCCUAAAGGAAGGUCAGAUGUUCUUAUGGAUAUAACACUGGAGUCCCUGGGUCAACAAAUUGGAACUUUGCUCCUAAUUUAGCUGACGUAUAUGAGCCCUACGAAAAGUUAUUUGGGGGGGCUUUAGUCAAGAAGAACUAUUAAAAAUAUGGAAAGGACUUUUUUAUUGCAUGUGGAUGCAAGAUGAAUCUCUCCUACAGGAGGAGUUAGCUGAUACCAUUUCCCAGCUCAUCCAUGUUAUUAACAACUUGGAGGCUCAACACCUAUUCAUCCAAACGUUUUGGAAAACCAUGAAUCGAGAAUGGAAAGGAAUAGAUCAGCAUCGUCUAAACAAAUAUUAUAUGCUAAUUCGUUUGGUCCUGAGACAGUCCUUUGAAGUACUGAAGAGAAAUGGUUGGGAUGAAAGCCGGAUCAAGCUUUUUCUGGAUGUCUUGAUGAAGGAAAUUCUGCACCCAGAGAGUAAUUCUCCUAAUGGAGUGAAAUUUCACUUCAUUGACAUCUACCUAGAUGAACUAGCAAAAGUAGGAGCGAAAGAGCUUGUGGCAGAUCAGAAUCUCAAGUUUAUUGAUCCAUUCUGCAAGAUCGCAGCUAAAACUAAGGACCAUACCUUGGUACAAACGAUAGCUAGAAGAAUCUUUGAAGUCAUUGUAGAUCAAUCCCCCUUUGCCCCUGAAGAUUUAAUGGAAGAACAGAAAACUAAUGGUGACAGCGAGCUGUCUGAGGAGGAAGAAUCUGAUAAUGAGUUGACAUCUAAAAAAGCAGUCACUAAAAAGAAACCAGCAGUAGGCAAAUAUUCAACAAGAAGAGAUGGAUGGAAUGUUGAAGAGGAAAAGGAUGAUGAUGGUAUCUCUGAAGACACAAGUCCACUUCUCCAGUUUGACUACAAAGCUGUUGCUGACCGACUCCUAGAAGUGACCAGCAGAAAAAACAUACCACCCUUCAACAGGAGACGUCUCUCUAAACUAGUCAAAAAGUUUCAAGAUUUAUCUGAAGGCAUUUUCCCUCAAAUCAAUCUCCCUGAAGACAUUUCUACAGAUGAAGAUGACCACACCCUUAGUCGAGGAAGGCGUAAGAAAAAAAGAAAUAAACUUAAAGAGAAAGCCAAGUUAGAAAAAGAAAAAGGGCAGUGCAAGCCAAAGAAAUUCAAUGCAGCUGAAGAAGAAAGUGAAUGUAGCCUUCAAAAGAGAAAACGAAGAAAGAAAAAGAAGAAUAAUUCCCACCCUGAAAACUCAGGCUCAGGUGAUGCCUUCAUUGCCCCUGAACCAAACGGGAACAGUGAACCAGAGUCAUGUAAGAAAAAAGAUCCCAAAAAAGGUACCCCUGAAAAUGAAACAGUUGCACCAUCCUUUGGUGUAGCUGAGGAAAGUGGCAUGGAGCAUCCCCCAUCUACCAACACACAAAACAAAAGAAAAAGGCCAAGAAAGAAGAGUUUAAGGGUCCUAGAAGAACUUCCAGAGAUGGGGAUGCCACCUGUUGAUUCUGCUGUUCAAAAUGGCCCUGGUAGUACUGCUGUCCAGGAGCCUGUCACCAGCAGUAUCCCAGCAGGUGGGGUCAAAAUAGUGAAAAAGAAGCGGAAACUUGGGGCUCUGACAGUCAGUAGCAAUGGCUUAUCCCCAUUGGUGGCAAUUCGGUCAGAGAGAGAAAGUUUGCUAGAACGUCCAGCUGGAGAAGGGGAUUGCCCACCCCUCCUGACCCAGAGUGUCAGGCUAAAGAAAAAAAAGGGUAAGCUGGAUACCCUUGAGCCCAUUGGCCUGCCCAAUCAGAAAGUUGCAUUUCUGAAAAAGAGGAAGAAAAUAAAGGAGGUAUUAAACUUGGUGGAAACGAAUGGAGCUUUGGAGGCUGAACUGAAGAAAAUCCAGUCUGUGGGAAGCAGCACAACUUUCAGCCCACUGAAGAAAAAGAAGCUAAAGACUGAAAAUGACUUUGUGAAAUUUGAAAAUACAGCCUUACCUAAGCCCUUGUUCUUUAGAAAAUCCAAAAGCAGCGUUAAUAUCUCUUCCCCCAGCCCCACCAUUCAGUUGAACAAGCAACCAUCAUCCAGCUCCAAAAAGGUCACUUUUGGGUUGAACAAAAACAUGACCACAGAAUUCAAGAAGACUGACAAAAGUAUCUUGGUAAGUCCAACAGGACCCUCCCGAGUAGCUUUUAAUCCAGAACAGAAGCCUCUCCAUGGAGUGCUGAAGACACCUACGAGUUCACCCCCAGAAACUCCCCUUGUGACUAAGAAAUUGCUUAUUGCACCUCCAAAGAGAAGACCAACUGCUAUGGACUUCUUUUGAGCAUAGCAAGAUUCUUUUCUCUUUCAGGACUGCUUUUUGUACAGAAUAUUCUGUAAAUUAUAACUUUGGAAAUUUUUGGCCUUUUUAUCAUUGUUAUUAUUUUAUAAAUUCCUAUAAAUUGUAUAUAAAAGGUUCUGGUUGUUAUCUGUGACACUGCUACUUCGCCAUCCCCUCAGUCUAAGGCCAUGGAGAAGCUUUGUAUAAUAUAUUCUUGCAUUUGGAUUAUAAUUGGUCUUUGCUCGGAUCCUUGGGAAUUUCUCUCUCGUGUCUUCAGCAAGAGCUAUUAGUGAAGGAACUCAGACUUUUUCUAUUCUUUUUUUUUUUUUUAAGGAUAAAACAAAAUCUACUGGCCAGUUACUGAUUUAUAAGGAGCUUUGCUACUGUUGUUGUACGUGUUGUGGUAGCUGAUUGGUUUCUGAUUAUUUGUAGUCCUAAUGAGCUCUGUGUGAUUGGCUUUGAGGGCUUUGUGGUGGUGUUAUCCUCAUAUAACCUUUAGAUGUUUGGUAGUUUUUGCUGGUAGAACAUUUCUUUCAAAUUGGUGGAUUAGCACUAUCAUAGUUUGUGUAAUCAGCCAGUUUAACUUAAAUAAAACACUGUCUCAGUCUUGUUCAUUGUUUUCCUCUGUUGUCUACUGCUUUUCUAGACCUGCUAGGCAAGUGCUAAGGCCAGUCCUCAAAAUGACCCUACUGCUGAGCCUCGUGAAAAAGCUCAUUUACUGAUGUCUUCUGUAUUCUUACAUGGAGAUCUCUGUUUAUUUCUUUGUUCUGUUGCAUGUUUUUUAUUAAUUGACUAUUUGAACCGAGGUCUCAUGAUCCUUGAAGUGGCUUUUCUAUAUUGCAAUAAGGCAGUGUCGCACUCUCUUAGAAUCCCAGUUUCUUUCUAAGAUGCACAAAACAAGGAGCCUAUGAAGAUUCUGUUUGGGGAUAUUGAUUUUACUUUAUUUAAGAUAUGACCCAAAAUUGUCUAUAAUUAUCUGUUGUUUUAUUUGGUCUGGUUUGGUUUUUUUUUUUCUGGAAUUCAAACAUUUAAGAUUCUAAAGUUUCCCCCAUUUCAGUCAGCCACCAGGAAUUUCAUUUGUCCACAUUGCAUUUUGUAAGCAAGAUUGUGAUGUUCUGGUGGUAAUUCAGGUUUUUUUAUGAAGGAAAAUGUAUCUCUACCUUGUAUCUGAAUAUGUAAUGAGAUACAAAUUUAGAACACCUCUACUUCAAAUCCCCAUAGUCGGGUUAGGGAGCAAAGAUCCCUAAGGAACCUAAGAAAAGGAUCAUUAAACAUCCUUCUCUUUGGUUAAAUAUACUUCAUGCUUGUCAGGCAGCAGCAGACAUUGAAACUUCAAACAUAUUACAUGUGUUUUUCAUUCUGCUUUAUUGUCAGGGCUUUUUCAGAUGUCUCCAUGAAUCACGGAAAAAAGAAACUUACACUUGUAUAGGAGGCCUAAGAAUUUUGAAAUUCCACAUUAACUCUAGGCUCUUUUCCCUGACUUUACCUCCUACUCCAUGGUUGAGUCACAAAGGGUGCUUGAUAUUACACCAGCUGUUACAGGAACAGCUUUUGAGAAUGACUAAAAUUUUAGAAAUCUGACGUGUUGCUCAAACUAGUUAUAUUUCCUUCCUUUUUUGUUAAUUCACUUAAUCAGUGAAGAAACUUUAACCACAAAAACUAACUGAACCAACUUGUCUAUAUCUAUAAGUUAAUUGAUAGAAGUGACAGUAUGGUUUAGUAACAUUUUUUAAACUUUGAUGAUUUUUGCUUUGCCUGAUUGCAUAGAUUUACAAAUCAUAAGCCAAGGAAGAAAGAACUAGUUGAUAGUGCUCUUUAUCUUGUUUCUUGUGGUAACAAUUGUUUUAUGUUACUACAUAUAGAUUAAUAACUUUUGUUGUGUAAAAUGCAUGUUUUUUUUAACAUUAUAUUCUAUAUGCAUUUGGUUGUCAUAUUCAAGAAAACAGCCAGUUAUGUAUUAGAAAGAUUGGAUUUGGAUGUUCACAAACAAAAUUAGUUGUCUUUUUAAAGAAUAUCCAGUUUUUAUUAAGCACUGAGAUCCUGAAUCCUACCACCAAAUGUGCUCUUUUUCGUCCCAAAGUAUUUAAAAAAAAAAGAGCAAGAAAUUCUAAGAUAAAAAGAAGGCAUUGGUUUUACAGUGACUAGUGAUUUUUUUUUCCUUCACAGAAUUGAAGGCCUCAAUUAUAGUGUCAUCUAUCUGUACUGUGGUAUUGUUGUAAUAACUUGUAAAUAUGCCUGUAUCAAAUAUAAAUGGUCUUCUGUCAUAUAUGAAUAUUUCUAAGGAGUAAUACUGAAUGCCUUUAGUUUACUUUAUCUUCAACUGUUUCUGAAUUUGUUUCAUGUUAUGAGUAAAUUGAAAAAGUUUGUUCUAGGGUUUUGGUUUUGGGUUUUUGUUUGUUUGUUUUGUUAAAUGUGAACAACAAAGGAAGGAGACAAGUACCAUUUACUUGAAUUCCCCUUGUACACCCAAGAAAUGUAAAACCUAAAAAAAAAAAACGUAUUUUAAAAAUCACAGCUUUCUGUUUGAGUAUAUGUUAUUUUUAUAGAGAAAAUUGCCAUGAAUACUUAAAAAGGCCAAAAACAGGAAAUGACUAAUGUUGGUAGCCUUGAAUUACAGUUUUUUGUAAAGGGUAGUUAUUUUUCACAGGUCUGGUCAAUUUUGUACAAUUUUGUAUCAGACUCUUCUUAAGAUUUAUAAUCAUUUGUAAUUUCUAACUGGACUGAAAGCACAAAGGGAAGUGUUAACAGGAAAUCUGGAAGAGGUUGGUUUUAAGUGUUGAAAAAGUAUAAAAUUGGAUUUAAUUUUAAUCGUGUGUGUUUCUCUGUAUUUUUAUUAUGCUAGCAAGAACUAUGUUUCUUUACUGUAAGUUUGUAUCAACAGCUGCUGUAUUAACAGUGUUUGUCAAUGUGGUAUUUCAACUAAGAAAGUCACAUAGCCAAAUCCAAUAAAAAUUAGUCUUUACUCUGA